GAGCGCGGGAGUUGAGAAGCGGAGGCUGCGGGACGUCGGGGACGGAGCUUACAAGGGACUUCGGCUGCCAGGGGUGUCUCGGAAGAGCCGGGCCCAAUUCCCCACGAGCUUCCCCCGCUCCGAGUGCCGCUCUGUCCCCCAGGUAACAGUAUCGGAGAUGACAGAGGAACUGGAUUUCCCGGGACAGGACUCUGACGGAGGUAGUGAGGAGGUGGUCCUCACGCCUGCAGAGCUCAUUGAAAGGCUGGAGCAGGCCUGGAUGAAUGAAAAGUUUGCCCCCGAGCUGCUGGAAAGCAAGUCUGAAAUUGUGGAAUGUGUCAUGGAACAGCUCGAUCACAUGGCAGAAAAUCUCAGGAGAGCCAGGAAGGAGGAUCUGAAGGUUGGGGUCCAUCGGAUGGAGAUGGAGAGGAUCCGCUACGUGCUGAGCAGCUACUUGCGGUGCCGGCUCAUGAAGAUAGAGAAGUUUUUCCCCCAUAUCCUUGAAAAGGAGACAGCGCGCCACAGGGGAGAGCCUUCAAGCCUGUCUCCGGGAGAGUUUGCCUUCGCCAAAGAGUACAUGGCUAACACAGAGACCUGUCUGAAGAACGCUGCCUUAAAGCACAUGCCUCCUAACCUACAAAAGGUGGACCUCUUGAGGGCAGUUCCCAAACCAGAUCUCAAUUCAUAUGUGUUUCUGAGAGUGAAAGAACGGCAGGAAAACAUCCUGGUCGAACCGGAGACAGACGAGCAAAGGGACUAUGUGAUCGACUUGGAGGAAGGCUCUCAGCACUUGAUCCGAUAUAAAACCAUUGCACCUCUGGUUGCUUCUGGAGCAGUACAGCUAAUUUAAAACCAAAAAUAAACAACUGAGGGAAGAUGUGGAACCUUCAGAGAAAGUGUUUAGAUACCCCUCAUAUCUCUUUGUGCCUCAGGACAACAAACGUUUCUCGGCAGUGCUGUGGAUCCCUCGGGCCUUGGGGAGGCCCUCCAGGCAGGAUUCUGCCUUUGCCACGGGUCCUAGCUCUCUGCUCUUUUAGCCAGAACCAGCAGAUGGAGCCGUCGCUCUGUUGAUGCUACGUGCUAAACAAGCCCAGGGACCCCAUUUCCGUGGUAGUUUUUGAGCUGAGCCAAGUGAGGCAAAGGUAGUUCAAAGAAAGGUUUUGCUGCCUCUUCUCAGGGGCCUGCAGUUAGCCCUGGCCUCAGGCUGGCACAAGGGGCCAUUCAACCUUGCUGGCAGGAAGAAUGUAAAUACAUUAAAGGAAACAAGAUAAAAUAUCUUCUCUGAUUCUCACUAGGUUGUUUGUGUGAACUAACCUUUUGGAACCUCUAAUAUUGGACUUAAAACCAAUUUCUGUCAUGCUUAACUCAGGAUCACAACCAAACAAAUAAACCAUUUUUAAGUUUCAGGUUUGUGGCAGAAGGAGCCUCUGGACAGCUCUCGGUUGUAGCCUAGUAAGUAGGUCCUCCCUGCUGCCCACCUGCAGCCUUCCCUUGCCAAGCCAGCCCCAGGCCAUCUGGCCAUCAUUGGCCAAGGCUCUGUUACCUGAGCAACAUUCGCUGUCCUGUGUGCUGACCUCGGUAGCAGCUUUUCGUCUUUAAGCCCCGCUUUCUCAAGGGAAAUGGAUGAAAUUAAGCUAACAUGAAUGGGGUGCGUUAGGGCUGUGUACCUGAAGGAAAAAUGGCUAGACCCUGAUAAAAAGCAGCCUGCACUCCAGUAUUUUCUUGUGUGAUGAAAAGAAAACCAAUUUACAUUUACAUGGGGUAGGCUGUUAGAGUAAUCAAAAUAAAUUUGCUGUCAUUUGCAAGAGAAACCACAAAGUAAAAGCCGGAAAGGUUUUAUUAGUUAAUAAAAAGCAUUUUAUAUUUCUCAUAGUACUUUAUUUUCUCCAGAGUAUUUUUAUCCUCUUGCGCCAUUCACUGAACAAAUACCUAUGGAGCAUAUAGUGUCCCAGGCUCAGUUCAAGGCACUGAGGCUUGAACUGAGAAUAAGAACCCCAGAAUAAGACACUGUCCCUGCUCACAUGGCAGUAAGUGCCUUGCAGAGAUAACAGGAGUCAUCAGAGAGUGACUGGACUGGGUGGUUCUGGGCUAAUUAGGCUGAGAUCUGAAUGACAAAGAACCAGGCACAGAGAUCAAAGGGACGGGCAUUUCAGGCAUAGCAGCUUGUGCAAAGGCCCCAAAGCAGAAAUGAACUUGCCUGCAGUCACUGCGGCUAGAACACAGUGGACACAAUGCAAAACGGUGCAGAAGGUCUGAGGGGCAGGCUGGGCCCAGAUCAAGCAGGGUGUUACAGCAAGGAUCCCUCUUGGUCCUCAGUGCAGUCCUGUAAAGUUGUCAGGGCCAGGAGUACAUGCUACACGGGGAACAAAGCCGAUCUUCCGUGACAAGUCACACUAGAACCCGUCUCCCUCUUCAUUGCAUGUGUACUAGCUCACUCAUCCUGACCUCUGUCGUGCUCAGCAACCCAGGGAGGCAUGUGGCUGUUAACACUAAUAGCUAGAAGAACAGUGCUUCCUAAGCCUAAAUGUGCACCAAUCCUCUGGGGUCUUGUUAACCAUGCAGAUUCUGCCACAGGAGGUCUGGGGCAGGGCCCAGGGUCCUGCAUUGCUGAGCAGCUACUUGGCUGGACAAUUGCUCCCGAUCUAGGGACCCCACUUUGAGUGGCAGCGCUGUAAUGUUCAAGUUGCCAGUUCCUGUCCUGUGUACACCAGGCCACACGGAGGAGUUACGUUCUUACUAAAGCCACAGGGUGAAUUGUUCCAUUUCCUAUGUCACCUCUUCAAGGGAACUCUGGUUAGAUGUUGUUUUUAAAUUAAGGGGAAGUUGAAUUUCAAAACCAAGUAGAAAGGGAAAUGAUGUGGCUUCAUGUGAUGUUGAUUAGCUUUCUCAGUUCAGUGACUAUAUUGUCUUACUGUUAACAAUCUCCUCCCUGGAAGCAUGACAACAUUUUCUUCAGGUAAGUGCAUCAUAAUUUAUCACAAGCUAUUGCUAAGUAAGAUGGUCAGCUCUUCCUGAGAAGGGCUGGCAGGGUCACAUCUGGGUUGUUCAGCCCCAGCAAUCAUGUCAGCUGUGACCUUUGGCAAGCCCCCAGCUGUGCUUCCUCCAUGCCCAGAGC